GUAGCAAAAUUGGUUGAUGGUAAUGCAUCAUUUUCGGAACGAACUGUUUAUUCACAAAAUAAAUAUAUCAACAAAAAAGCCAGGAAACAUUCCGAUCACGUUUAUAUCCUGAAGCCAACAGUACGCCUUGUUGCCGAAUCGUAUUAUAAGAAAGAUCCUGAAAGAGUGGCGCAUCUUAGGUAA